CUCGUUCCCUUGCGCCCUGGCGCGGUCAAGCAUUUGACAUUCUGCCCCUGAAGCGCCGCGAUCCGGCGCCGGACGCGCCUGCUGAUUCGGUGAUCCCCGGGAACUGGGACUUGGGGGCUAGUGUGAGCAUCACUCGAGGGACAGGAGGAGGCUUCGUUUGCUUUCUGUUUGGAAUGUGUGGUGAGCAUCCUCUGCUGGAGCUUGGGGCCUGGAGCAAACCCGGGCUGCAGAUUUAGACGUAGACGUUUGGGAGGACGUGCAGCUGCAGAGGUCUGGCUCCUUAUGCCUGGUCUUCUCCGUUAGCGGUGCUCAGCUGCCUUUCAUUUAUUUUGAUUAAUUUUAGGGCACCGUCACAGACACAGUUAUUUCUUUGAGAGCUGGGAGUCUUUAGAGUCAGCACAGAGAGCUCACGAGUAGAGUUAUAAGGAUUCGGUCAAUAAUAAACUUGGAAAAGGACAGCGUCGGUGAUCGUAUGGAAAGAGGUGGACAAGAGGCAAACUUCACCGCGGCCUUGAGCCUUUGUAGAUAAGAUUUCUGCUUUGCUCUCCUAGAGUCAUGCAAACUCGGAGUUCUUCUUUGUAGGAAAACAACCUCAGAGAGGCAGACAGGAUGGCAAGCUCAGCCCGGGAGCAUUUGCUUUUUGUGCGGCGUCGAAAUCCACAGAUGCGGUACACACUGAGCCCAGAGAACCUUCAGAGCCUCGCAACCCAGAACUCAAUGCCCGAGAACAUGGCCCUGCAGCGAGCCAACAGUGACACCGACCUCGUGACCUCCGAGAGCCGCUCCAGCCUGACUGCCAGCAUGUAUGAGUACACGCUGGGGCAAGCCCAGAACCUCAUUAUCUUCUGGGACAUUAAGGAAGAGGUUGACCCCAGCGAUUGGAUCGGACUCUAUCACAUAGACGAGAAUUCUCCAGCCAACUUCUGGGAUUCUAAAAACAGGGGCGUGACUGGAACCCAAAAAGGACAAAUUGUAUGGCGGAUUGAGCCCGGGCCCUACUUCAUGGAACCGGAGAUCAAAAUCUGUUUCAAAUACUACCAUGGCAUUAGCGGAGCCCUGCGAGCCACAACCCCCUGUAUUACUGUGAAGAACCCGGCUGUGAUGAUGGGUGCAGAAGGCAUGGAAGGAUGUGCUUCAGGAAGCCUGCACUCUAGGAAACUCGUCAGCUUCACAUUGUCAGAUCUCAGGGCAGUUGGGCUCAAGAAAGGGAUGUUCUUCAAUCCUGACCCUUAUCUUAAGAUGUCCAUUCAGCCAGGGAAGAAGAGCAGUUUCCCUACCUGUGCCCACCACGGGCAGGAGAGAAGAUCCACUAUCAUCAGUAACACCACCAAUCCAAUCUGGCACAGAGAGAAAUACUCCUUUUUUGCACUUUUGACCGAUGUCUUAGAAAUUGAAAUCAAAGACAAAUUUGCCAAGAGCCGGCCCAUCAUCAAACGCUUCCUGGGAAAACUAACCAUUCCAGUGCAGAGGCUGUUGGAGAGGCAGGCUGUCGGUGACCAAAUGCUCAGCUACAACCUUGGCAGACGGCUCCCCGCUGAUCACGUGAGUGGCUACCUCCAGUUUAAAGUGGAAGUCACAUCCUCUGCCCAGGAAGAUGCAUCUCCAGAGGCCGUUGGCACCAUCCUCGGAGUCCACACUGUGAAUGGAGACCUGGGCAGCCCUUCCGAUGAUGAGGACAUGCCAGGAAGCCAUCAUGACAGCACCGUUUGUGCUAACGGGCCAGUGUCUGAGGACAGUGUUGCUGACGGAACCCCCAAGCACUCUUUCAGGACUAGCUCUACCCUGGAGAUUGACACAGAGGACUUGAUCUCUACUUCUUCAAGAAAUUCACCCCCCAGAGGCCGCCAGGAUUCACUCAAUGAUUACUUAGAUGCUAUUGAACACAAUGGCCCCUCUAGGCCAGGGGCAGCCUCCUCCUCUGAGCGGCCCAUGGGAGCCUCUCCCAAACUGAGGAGCAGUUUUCCCACUGACACCAGACUCAAUGCGAUGCUUCAUAUAGACUCAGAUGAAGAAGACCAUGAGUUUCAGCAAGACCUAGGCUACCCAUCCUCCUUGGAGGAGGAAGGAGGCCUGAUCAUGUGCAGCAGGGCAUCGAGGAUCGAUGAUGGGAGCCUGACAUCUCAGACCAAACCAGAGGAUGACAACCCUGUUGAGAACGAGGAUGCCUCGGUACAUGAAACUGCUUCCUUAGAGGAGAGGCCAGAGAAUCUUCCCGAGGUUGAAGAUGGCUCCUUGCCGUCAGGUACAGCCCCUGAUGAAAAUGAAGCCAGCCUGGAGCCUCAGCCCAGUGCUGACCAGGGCAGCACUGAAUUGUGUAGCUCUCAAGAAGUCGAUCAGCCCACAAGUGGCACGGACGCAGGAGCUUCUGACACAUCUGGAGGAAGCCGCAGAGCUGCCAGUGAGACUGAGUCCCUGGACCAGGGAUCCGAACCUUCCCAGGUGUCCUCUGAGACAGAACCCAGUGACCCUGCAAGGACAGAGAGUGUGAGUGAGGCCAGUACCAGACCCGAGGGAGAGAGUGACCUGGAAGGUGCAGACAGCUCAUGCAAUGAGAGCGUGACCACACAGCUGUCCUCCGUGGAGACACGGUGCUCAUCUCUAGAGAGUGCACGGUUUCCAGAAACCCCGGCCUUUUCUUCUCAGGAAGAGGAAGAUGGGGCCUGCGCAGCUGAGCCGACCAGCAGCGGCCCCACAGAGGGGUCGCAGGAGUCCGUCUGCACUCCCGGUUCUUUACCUGCUGUGCAGGUGCCCAGCAGGGAAGAGGAAGGGUCAGGGGCUGAAGCUGCUGCUUUAUCUGAGCAGGGGGAGCUGGGGGAGGUCUGGCAGAGGAGGGGCAGUCUUGAGGGAGCAGCUGCUGCUGCCACUGCUGCUGACACCGAUAGCCAGCCCCAGGAAGAUGGGGAUCCUGGUGAUACACAAGGUGCCUGCGAAGGGGCCACCGCUCAGGAGGAGGGCGCCACUGGAGGUUCUCAAACCAAUGGCCAUCAGCCCUUGAGGUCACUACCUUCAGUGCGCCAGGACGUCAGCCGAUACCAGAGGGUGGACGAGGCUCUCCCACCAAACUGGGAGGCACGUAUUGACAGCCAUGGCAGAAUCUUCUACGUGGACCAUGUAAACAGAACCACGACGUGGCAGCGGCCUACAGCUCCCCCUGCCCCACAGGUCCUGCAGAGAUCUAACUCCAUACAGCAAAUGGAGCAGCUAAACCGGCGUUAUCAGAGCAUCCGCAGAACCAUGACGAAUGAGAGGCCUGAGGAAAAUACCAGUGCUAUCGAUGGGGCAGGGGAAGAAGCUGACUUUCACCAAGCCAGCGCGGACUUCCGUCGGGAGAACGUCCUGCCCCACUCUACCUCCAGAUCCAGGCUCACGCUGCUGUUACAGUCGCCCCCUGUGAAGUUCCUCAUCAGCCCAGAGUUCUUCACCGUGCUGCAUUCUAACCCUAGUGCCUACCGCAUGUUUACAAACAACACGUGUUUGAAGCACAUGAUCACCAAAGUCCGGCGGGACACCCACCACUUUGAACGCUAUCAGCAUAACAGGGACCUCGUGGGAUUCCUCAACAUGUUUGCUAACAAACAGCUGGAACUACCAAGGGGCUGGGAGAUGAAACACGAUCACCAGGGCAAGGCAUUUUUUGUCGACCACAACUCCCGAACCACCACGUUCAUUGAUCCUCGGCUCCCACUUCAGAGCAGUAGGCCCACGAGUGCGCUGGUUCAUCGACAACACCUGACGAGGCAACGCAGUCACAGCGCGGGUGAGGUAGGAGAAGACUCUCGGCAUGCAGGACCACCCGUUCUUCCCAGGCCAGCCAGUACAUUCAAUACGGUCAGUAGGCCACAGUACCAGGACAUGGUUCCAGUGGCCUACAAUGACAAAAUUGUUGCGUUUUUGCGUCAACCCAACAUCCUUGAAAUUCUGCAAGAGCGUCAACCUGAUCUUGCCAGAAACCACUCGCUCAGGGAGAAGAUCCAAUUUAUCCGAACUGAAGGGACCCCUGGAUUGGUGCGGCUCUCAAGUGAUGCAGAUCUUGUCAUGUUACUGAGCUUAUUUGAGGAAGAAAUAAUGUCAUAUGUGCCUCCUCAUGCCUUACUCCACCCCAGCUACUGUCAGUCCCCGCGUGGCUCCCCUGUGUCAUCUCCCCAGAAUUCACCAGGUACUCAGCGUGCCAAUGCCCGGGCUCCUGCACCUUACAAGAGAGAUUUUGAAGCCAAACUAAGGAACUUUUAUAGGAAGUUAGAAACUAAAGGAUACGGACAAGGCCCAGGAAAAUUAAAGUUAAUUAUCCGAAGAGACCACUUGCUGGAAGAUGCUUUUAAUCAGAUUAUGGGCUACUCCAGAAAGGACCUGCAGAGGAAUAAACUGUAUGUCACCUUUGUCGGGGAGGAAGGGUUGGAUUACAGUGGGCCUUCCAGAGAGUUUUUCUUCCUGGUAUCCCGAGAACUCUUUAACCCCUAUUACGGCUUAUUUGAAUAUUCAGCCAAUGACACAUACACAGUACAAAUAAGUCCUAUGUCUGCCUUUGUAGACAAUCAUCAUGAAUGGUUCCGAUUCAGUGGGAGGAUCCUCGGUCUUGCACUAAUACACCAGUACCUGUUGGACGCCUUCUUUACGAGACCCUUCUAUAAGGCUCUUCUGAGAAUCCUGUGUGACCUGAGUGAUCUGGAAUACCUUGAUGAGGAGUUCCACCAGAGCCUUCAGUGGAUGAAAGACAAUGACAUCCAUGACAUCCUAGACCUCACGUUCACUGUGAACGAAGAAGUUUUUGGGCAGAUUACUGAACGAGAGUUAAAACCAGGGGGAGCCAAUAUUCCAGUUACGGAGAAGAACAAGAAGGAGUACAUUGAGAGGAUGGUGAAGUGGAGGAUUGAGAGGGGCGUGGUGCAGCAGACAGAGAGCUUAGUCCGUGGUUUCUAUGAGGUAGUAGAUGCCAGGCUAGUGUCUGUCUUUGAUGCAAGAGAACUGGAGCUGGUCAUUGCUGGCACAGCUGAGAUAGACCUCAAUGACUGGAGGAACAACACUGAAUACAGAGGCGGGUACCAUGACAAUCACAUUGUAAUUCGGUGGUUCUGGGCUGCAGUAGAACGAUUCAACAAUGAACAACGACUAAGGUUGUUACAGUUUGUUACAGGCACAUCUAGCAUUCCCUAUGAAGGAUUUGCUUCUCUCCGAGGGAGUAAUGGUCCAAGAAGAUUCUGUGUGGAAAAAUGGGGAAAAAUCACCGCUCUUCCCAGAGCUCACACGUGUUUUAACCGCCUGGAUCUCCCUCCGUACCCUUCCUUUUCCAUGCUUUAUGAAAAACUCUUGACAGCAGUUGAAGAGACCAGUACCUUCGGACUCGAGUGACCCGGAAGCACGAUGCUCAGCGCUUCACGGACAGGCAGUUCCAGAAGCCGGCCUCCCAUAGAGUGAGCCAGCAUUGGUAGUCUCGAGCCUUGGCUUCCAUUACGACAAACUGAGCGCUGCUCUCUGGGAACACAUGCUCCCGUGUUUGGGGACUGGCUGUGAGUUCUUUUGGAAGGAUUGGGGUGAGCUUGGUGCCCAUGGAACAACCCAACAGUCUUUCAAUCAACAGUUCUUGACUGCCAAACCUUUCCCAUUUGUCCCCAUGUUCCGAGAAAAAGAUGAACCUGCACACGAUCAACUCCAUGGUGACUUUUAGGGACUCCGGAGAGUCUUUCAACUCUCCCGCAAACACACUUCAAGCCAGACUGGCAGCACUGACCCAAUCUCUAAAUUUGCGCAAGUGAAAGAAUAUCAUUAAAAAAAUAUAUAUUUCCUGGAA